UUCUCAGACACCGCGGCGGGUGCCUCCAGCUAUCGUAGCCCGGCUCGCUUUCUCUUACUCGUGGUACGAUCUAUCUUGGUAUGAUAUACACUGCGGAAAUUCCACCUACAGCCUGCUACGUGUUCUUGGCCAGGGGGAGAAGAUAGCGGAGUCUCAAGUCCUACGCUAGGCAUCCCGUUUCCUAAGCCGUUUCCAGUUUUUCCCCAGCGUUAUUAGGCCACCGCGCGCUGGUAAGUAUCUGCCUGGCAUAGCAACGUAUGCCUAGUUACCUAUAAUAAGCGGUGGCUCGCACAUGGCUAUAUCGAACAACUUCUCGUGGACCCGAAAAAUAACGACCAAGGAAUCCUUGGUAGGCAGGUAUAAACACAAGCCAUAAAAGCUUCCUGUUGAAAAGCAACCCUGCUCGUUGAGUUCCGAGUCGUGCAAAGCCGCCGCCGCCGCAGCAGCAGCCAUGCCCCUCCCGGUCCGCGUUUUGUACGCGUCCAAGGACGUGCCGAUCCUGGACGACUUCCUGAAGGCGGAGCCGCCCGACGCGGAGCCGACCACGUUCCGGCAGAUUGACUUCGCCGCGACGCCGCUGCCCGAGUACGCGGGCAUGUACGCCGUCGUGCUGGAUCACGUGCUGAGCGCGUCGGAGUGCACAGCGCUGAUACGGCUGGCCGAAGCGAGCGUGGUCGACGCGAACUACAACGAGGCGGACGGCACGCCAUGGGGGCCGGCCUUAGUCAACAUCGGCGGCGGCUUCGAGAUCGCCGAGCCCCAGUACCGCAACAGCGACCGCAUCAUCUGGGACCAGCAGGAGGUGGUCGACCGCCUGUGGGCGCGGCUCGCCGCCGUGCCGCAGGUGAGCGACUCGCUGCUCGCCUUCGGGCAGAGCCACCUGCGCGGGCCCGUCGGCGCCGGCGGCGCCCCCGUCCAGGAAUGGUGGGACUUCCACCGCCUCAACCGCCGCAUGCGCUUCCUGCGCUACGGCCCGGGCCAGUUCUUUCGCCCCCACUGCGACUCGGCCUACAGCGAGCGGACCGACGACGGCCACGCCGUCCUCACCCACUUCACCGUGCACCUCUACCUCAACGACUCGCGUCAGGAGGUCGGCGACGCCUCGGACCUUGUCGGCGGCGCCACUACCUUCUUCUCAUCCGACCUAGCGCGCAGGCUCGACGUCGACCCCAAGGCCGGCCGCGUCCUCAUCUUCCAGCACCAGCGCCUAUACCACGCCGGAGACGACGUCCUCGCGGGCACCAAGUACACGAUGCGCACGGAUAUCUUGUACCGGCCGCGCGGGUGAUGAGAAGAAAAGGGGGUUUGCACGUUGCCCGAUUUUCCGGGGCCACGGGGGCGGAAAAGAAGGAAUGCGUCCCGGUAGAAAAUAAGGACAUAGGAACAGGGAAGGAAAAGUAGGCCUGGAGAAAAAAAAAGCUCAGUCAUCGAUAACCUACGAAAAACCGCAGUCGGAAUACCCAGCCAUCGAAGUCACGGCGGUCUACGACUCAACCGGUCUGACUAACAGGCAACCUCGUGGUGGUUUUCUCUAGCCACAGUUCAACCCAGGGGAGCACCCUAUGUAACGGGGAAGGCUGGUAGGACUACCUCUAAUUACCGUAUAUAACCUCUCCUCACUGUCC